AUGGCGCUUUCGGGAGAUCUUGUGGGUGAUGACGACUACGUCACGAAGCUCCUCGUCGAGGAUGCCAGGAGGAGUUCGAUGCGGUAUGCGUCGCAGGGCCUGUCUGCCCUGCUGCCCAAAAGACCUCCUGGUUCGGCCCCGAAGCCGAAUACCCGCUUUCUGAAGACCCUCGUUCGCGAAGCCGAUAGCCACAAUGCUAAAUUGAAAGAGAAGGAAGAAUAUGAGGCAAGGAUCCGUCUGAAAAGGAUCAGAGACGCUGAGCAAGGCUCCAAGAAAGUUGGGUGUGAGCGAGAAACCGAAGGACGUCAUGACCAGGAGCGGAAGCGAAGGCGAUUAUGCGACGACAAGGGAUCCCGGACCGACGAACGCGAAAGAGCCCGAGACUUAAGACGGAGCAGGAGCCCUGAGCAGCGGAGGGAGAGACACGACGGCCACAAGCGGGGACGGCGACGGCGGCACGAGACUGACGAGCCUGACGAGGAUUCGAACCACAGAAGAACCCGACACCGCAACUCAUCGCACCGGGCUAGAUCUCGUUCACGGUCUAAGUCUAGAAGUCGGGAAAGGAAGGAGGAAGAGAGACAUAAAAAGGACAGGCAACGGCAUAGGCAUGAGCGAAAGUCUCGCCGACAUUCUCCACCCACUGAUCCAGAUCCUGAAGGACAAAAGGACGUGAAACAUGGCACUCGCACGCCUUCGAUAUCCUCCACUUCGACCUCCUCUGACGAUCCUCUCUCAUACCUCAUCGGCCCACGCCCAACACCGCCCGACAAUCAAUGUCCGCAGCGCCGUGGCCGUGGCUUCCGUCAUGGGUCGUCGCACCAGUCCCGCUCGAACAUCGACGCCCACUUCUCCCCGACAUACGACCCCUCCACGCACGACGCAGGUGUCCUCGACUCCGAUGACCUCAACCCAGAAGACGAAGGAGGCGACCAGGACGAAUGGACCGCCGCCCUCUCCGCGCUUCGAGAUCGGAGAGCGUGGCGCGCAAAGCAGGCUGAGCGGAUGAAAGACGCGGGCUUUAGCGAGGAGGAGAUCAAGCGGUGGGAGAAAUCUGCUUCUUCUCGGACCCUUCUAGCCGGCAACGGGGACGGGGGCGAAGAAGAAGGCAACAUCCGCGAUGUGAGAUGGCGCAAGAAGGGCGAAGAGAGGGAAUGGGACGUCGGCAAGGAGAGAAACACCAGCCCCAGCCCCAGCGACCAUGGCGUUGUCGACAAGGCCCACGAGACCGCCAGGGAGGGCGGCGGCGGCGCGAAGAACGAAAAAAAGACAAUAGCGAGAGGUGUUCGUGUUGGUGCUGAUUCCGCAUGGCGCCGACCCCAGAACGCCUUCCUCAAGCAGUUCAAGAGCGCCCUCCGAUGA